UAUUCCAUUCCUAUAAAUCCCUCCUCCCAAUCAUCUUCUUUUUCAUCAUCCAUCAAUCAUCAUCGCCUUUUCCAGAUACAUUAUCUCUCUGAAUCUCAAAUGGCUAAACCAGCUGCCUCUCUCUCUUUUCUCCUUCUAUUCCUCUCUUUCCUUUCAGGACGAGAUUUGCUGGCCCUAAAUGCACAGAAAACGUGGUGUAUUCCGAAGCCUUCGUCGGAUCAAGCGACGUUGUUAGCGAAUAUCAAUUACGCUUGUGCACAAGUAGAUUGUAGAAUAAUGCAGAAAGGAUGCCCCUGCUCUUAUCCUGAUACUUUGAUCAACCGUGCGGCCAUAGCUAUGAGUUUGUAUUACCAUUCCAAAGGGAAGAAUCAAUGGAACUGUGAUUUUAGAGGAUCUGGUCUUAUGGUCAUCACUGAUCCAAGUUAUGGGAACUGUAUUUACCCUUGAAGCUGAGUGAAGAAGAAGUAUAGGAGGGAAACAAUUACUUUUGCCCAAAAGCAGAUUUAGUCAUAAAAAGUGAUUUUAAGUAUAAAGUUUGUUUUAGAGUCUAUAUUUUUUUUUUUAGUAUAAACGUUGUUUGGAUCUUACUUUUUAUAAUUGAAAGUCGUCCUGAUGUAAGUGAAAAGAUACCUAUUCUAAAGUUUUAGAGUAAAUAAAACGAAGCAACAUUAGAUAGAUUGAUCAAA